AUGGCGCUGAUGGUGAACGUGUGCUGGAUGUUGGCUCUCACCGCGUGCUUGGUGCUGACGGUGCAAGCGGAGUGCACGAAGGAGUGCACACUCUGUCUGUACAGCUCAUUAGCGGCACAGCAAGCGGACAGCAGCACCGGGCCGUGCACACUGGAGUGCGGAAGCAGCGUGGACCUGAGGAAGCUGGGCCUCUGUCGGAACGCUCUGACCAAAGACGAGCGUGCCACCGCGGAUCAGAAACCAGAGCCUGACAGCGCAGAGCACCUCCUGGCCAAGAAAUACGGCGGCUUCAUGAAACGCUACGGUGGCUUCAUGAUGAAGAAAACCUCCGAAGACCUCAUGAAGGAUGAACCCGACAGGGCUUCGGAGGAGGAGCUGGACAUCCUGAGGGAGAUCCUGAGGGUGGGCCUGCAUGCCAACGAGCCAGGCAAGGAGCUCCAGAAGCGCUACGGAGGCUUCAUGCGCAGGGUGGGCAGACCGAAUUGGCUGGACGAGCCCAAAUCUUACAGCCUUCACAAGCGCUGGGAGGAAGACGGAGCGGAGAACGUGUUGCCUGAGACGCAAAAGAGAUACGGAGGCUUCAUGGAUUAG